AUGGGAAAUAUGGGGAUGCAUUCCCGACAUUAUUUCUUUGGUAUCAGCAAUAUAUAGGAGGGCUUCAUUGAGGUAUCGGUAAUAACGCCAACAAUAAUAAUACGGACGAUAAACGUUACCUCUUAAAAAAAAAUACAAAAUCAUAAGUAAGUAUUAUGAACUGUAUUCCUGAAUGCAUUGUUCUGAACUCCUACAAGGCAGCGGUGGGGCAGCUGCUGCGCUCCCAGUUAUAUAUACGGGGUGGUAUUUCUUGUGAUCUCUCAUUUACUUGAUAUAGCUCUCGUGGCUGUGACGGUUCCACCUGAAGACGGAGGCUUGUGUUGCUUCCGAAACGUCGUGAUUUUUUAUUUUGUUUUAUUUUACUUUUAUUAAUUAAAAUUUUUACCUACGUGACUUUACCGAAAAAACCUAAGAAGAUGCGAGAUGCUCUUUCUGGCGAUGCGAGACUUGGCCAGAUUUUUUUAGAAGGAUUAGGUGAUGUCUCACCACAUGUCCCUGCUGCUCGCUGCCGCUCUACUCUGUGGUCUGGGAGCUCCCAGCUGGUCGACCUCGGAGCCCUUCCGUCCAGACAAAUGCAAUUGCAUGGGUCCACCCGCGCCACGCGGGCCCCCCGGAUAUCCUGGGCUGCCGGGAUCACCUGGUCCAAUGGGGCCCCCUGGUCUACCUGGAAUUCCCUGUAAGAGUAGUGAGCAAGGACUUCCAGGCUGCUCAGGAGCCUCACAUUCGCCGCUUGCGUUCUCCGUCAAACUCUCCUCCACCUCGGAUGCUUCCAUCGGCGUCACCAUCACCGUGCCGCCGGGGGGCGUCUUCCACUUCGACUCCGUCGUGGUCAACGGCCAGGGCAUCUACGACACCCACUACAACAACUUCACGAGCCCCGUAGCCGGACUUUACUUUUUAUCCUUCCACCUCACCCUGGGGGGACCAGGAGAAGCAGGAGUGAGAGGAGCGUAUGUGAGGGUGGAGUUGGCAAUGAGCAAGGCGGGCGCUGCCAGUGAGAAGGGGAAGAUUGUGGCGAAUUUCGGUGGCAAGACUGACGAGGAGAUUUCUGGCAGCGCCGUGGUUGCGCUUGCCGCCGGAGACUCCGUGUGGCUGCGCGCGCAUGAAGGGAACGCUGCCAAUAUGGUAAUUGUGCCCAGGGAAGGGGGGGACAGCAUCUUCUCCGGGUUUCUGCUCAGCUACUGAGUGGGGGAGUGGCAGGGGUGGUAGGGAGUGCAGGUGAGCGACACCACGGAAUGGGAG